ACUGUUUCAUUACAUUAAUUCAUGUCCAUUCGUAUUUCGUGGGAAAAAAAAAAAAAUCUGACGAAUUUUCCAUUUUUAUUUGUGUUCAAAUUUAAAACACAAAGCUCAAUUUGAACUCGUUGAUAAGGGAGCGGGUGAUAGCCACCCCCCAAACCUAACCCCCGCUCUCUCUCUCUCUCUCUCUCAAUCCCUCUGUGUGGAAUUUGAAGUUGGAACCCUAAUUUCGAUUUCUUCCAACGCCGACUGGAUAGAAUAGAAGAGAGGGAGAGGAAGAUGAGUAGCCAAGUGGCGCCUUCCGGCCCGAGGAGGAACAGCCUGAGUCAGAAACAACGCGGUCCCUCCACCGCCAAGAAAUCAGUCUCCUCUGACAACGGAAACGUUUCCAAACCCUCUUCUCCUCCUGCCCCUCCAACGUCGGUUGGUGUGGAAAGGACGGUGAAGAAGCUUAGGUUGUCGAAAGCCCUCACGAUAUCCGAGGGCACCACCGUUUCCGACGCCUGUCGGAGGAUGGCUGCUCGUCGCGUCGACGCCGUUCUGUUAACUGAUGCAAAUGCGUUGCUUUCUGGAAUCCUUACUGAUAAGGACAUUGCCACUAGAGUUAUAGGGGAAGGUUUGAGACCGGAGCAGACUAUAGUUUCGAAAAUUAUGACACGCAAUCCUAUCUUUCUGACCUCAGAUUCGCUAGCCAUUGAAGCUCUCCAGAAGAUGGUUAAUGGCAAAUUCAGGCACCUUCCUGUUGUCGAAAAUGGUGAAGUUAUUGCCUUGUUGGAUAUCACAAAGUGUCUUUAUGAUGCUAUAUCUAGAAUGGAGAAGGCUGCCGAACACGGUAGUGCAAUUGCCGCUGCAGUUGAAGGGGUGGAACGCCAAUGGGGCAAUUUUUCUGCUCCAUAUGCUUUUAUAGAGACGUUGAGGGAUCGGAUGUUCAAGCCUUCUUUGUCGACUAUCAUUGCUGAAAAUAUCAAGGUUGCAGUUGUAUCUCCAUCAGAUCCUGUGUAUGUUGCUGCAAAAAGGAUGCGGGACUUGCGGGUAAAUUCGGUUGUUGUUAUGACGGGGAACAAACUUCAGGGGAUACUUACUUCAAAGGAUAUCCUUAUGCGAGUGGUUUCACAAAACCUCUCUCCUGAAUUGACUCUGGUGGAAAAGGUAAUGACGCUAAAUCCAGAAUGUGCAACAUUAGAUACAACAAUUCUUGAUGCUCUGCAUAUAAUGCAUGAUGGGAAGUUUCUACAUCUUCCUGUUUUGGACAGAGAUGGAUGUGUGGCUGCUUGCGUAGAUGUUCUGCAGAUAACUCAUGCAGCAAUCUCUAUGGCUGAAAAUGGUUCUGGAGCUGUUAAUGACAUGGCAAACACCAUGAUGCAAAAGUUCUGGGAUUCAGCACUUGCGUUAGAGCCACCUGAUGAUUUUGACACCCAUAGUGAAUUGUCUGGAUUUAUGGCUUCGGAUGGGACAGAAGGGAAGCUUAACUAUCCGUCUCUUGGUCUUGGAAAUUCAUUCACCUUCAAAUUUGAGGAUCGCAAGGGUCGUGUACAUCGGGUCAAUUCUGGCACUGAACAUUUGAACGAGCUUGUCUCUGCAGUCAUACAAAGGAUUGGUGCUAAUAAUGAUGGAGAUCGUCCUCAGCUUUUGUAUGAAGAUGAUGAUGGUGAUAGAGUUCUACUUGCAAAUGAUAGUGAUCUUGUUGCUGCUGUCAGCCAUUCUAGAUCGGCAGGACAGAAGGUUUUAAGGUUGCACCUAGAUUUUUCUGAUGCAAGCCAGUUGAGUAGACCAGAGUCAGCUACAUCUACUAUCCAGGGUGGAUCUGGGUUUGUGUCUCUUCAUUUAGGCAUUUUGGCAGGUGCACUCGUUUUGACAAGCGUCGGUGUGUUGGUAUACCUAAAGCGCUCUAACGUCUGAGGUUAGAUUCUAUGGAAGAUUACAUUACAUUCUAGGAUUAUAAACCUAACUGGGGGGGCUUUAUUCCAACAAUCGACGAUUGAUGAAAAAGUAAUGUUCUCUAAAUUAUGAAGGAGCAUUGCGAAUGUGGAAAAUGGAGCAGAUAAUGUUAUGUGAUGUAAUGAUACUGUGAAACAGAUCCUCUCUCUCUCUCUCUCCUCAUUUGGUCCAAGGUGGAAAACAAUGAGAAUUAAGUCGUUCUCAUGUCAUGUGCAGUAAGCUCGAUACU